AGGACCGCGACGACAGGGAAGAAUGGGAGACGUGUGGGUCGAGGACCGAUUGUAUUUGCAGUAGCCGCGUCCGUCGAAGGAAUCGACUAACGAAACAUGGCUGCAGGUUGUUGUGGAACGAAAAAGCAGAAGCUGAACAAUUCGUUGAGUGUUCCUUGUAACGGAUCGGUGCUGCAAAAUGGCACUCAAUUAAGAAACGGUGUGAUAGUGAAGCCCGAGAUGGGCUUCUUUUGCUUCGAUGUACUCUAUUGUCAAUUACAUCAACUUGACCCUCCAAAAUCACCCAACUUCAGUAACGAAGCGUUCCCGUUAUUUGUUACAUGGACUAUUGGGAAGGACAUGAGGUUAAGAGGUUGUAUUGGCACAUUUAACGCGAUGCAGUUACAUGCUGGACUUCGGGAAUAUGCAACAACAAGUGCAUUCAAAGAUUCACGUUUUAAUCCUAUAACACGAGAAGAACUUCCACGCUUGCAUGUAAGUGUCUCCAUUUUGAGACACUUUGAGGAUGGUGUUGAUUAUUUAGAUUGGGAAGUAGGUGUUCAUGGAAUUCGUAUAGAAUUUCAUAAUGAAAAGGGCAAUAAACGAACUGCUACCUAUUUACCUGAUGUUGCAACAGAGCAAGGAUGGGACCAGAUACAAACGAUAGAUUCGUUGCUUCAUAAAGGUGGUUACAAAGGACUUGUUACUCCGGAUAUUAGACGCAGUGUCAAAUUGACCCGUUACCAGAGUGAGAAGGUUACUGUAAGCUAUCAGGACUAUAUGACACAUUGGCAUAGCCGAAGAUGCUAGCAGCUGGCUUGGGGUCCUAGCCAAGGAUCCCAGUUAUCACAAAGUUCUAUUGCAGUUCAUUAUAAUCCUAACACCUCUCAUACUUCUCAUUUACUAUAUAAUAGUUCUCAAUGCAAUUCUUACAUGGCCAGUCAAGAUCAUGGAUUAGUAAUGACACAACGUAAUCAUCCUGCAUUUAUACAUCCCCUUCCAGUACCUCCCAUUUCCCCUGUUAUGGUACCUAUAUGGGAUUAUUCAUCAUUUUGGUGGGAUCAAACGGGUUCACCCUAUCCUCCUCCUCAUCCACACCUUUAUCCUCCCCCUCGAGUUCACCGGUUUCCGUCACAAGAAUCCACCGAUCACGCAAUUCGUAAACGAAAAUGACACUGGAGGCGGCUAUUGUUUGCGAUCUUUCACUGUUUGAAAUGGUGCCUACUAUACUUUGUAUGUUUUUGCAUACAUAGUUUUCCCUUUAUAAUACCACAAAGUCCUCCUUGAGGAUGAUAGAAGUUUAUGUAUGAUGGCACUGUUUUGUUUCUUUGUUGAUCUUUAAUAAUUAUAUAAAUAAUUAUAAAACAUGUAUGAAAAGUACAUUAACUUUAAACUUAAUAUUUAUAAUUAUUAUACGAGGUUACACAUUAAUUAUUGAAAUUUGAAAACUUGUACUAUAAUAUAAUUACUCAUUCUCUCAUGCUUUAAUGCGUUCAUAAAUGAAAUAAUCUAAUUCAGUCCACAAAUAGGAUGUAAAUAUAAUUAAAUUAGCUCUGCCAUCAUACUUACCAAAUGUCCAUUUAUAAUUUAUGUCUGCAGUAUACGAGUGACAUAAACAAUUUUAUAGCACAGUGAUGCUGCCUGCAAUUCACUGCCUGCUUCACAAGAUUUAAUGUACAAAUUCGUGUGAAAAUAUGUUUCUAUUAUUCGUAUAUUAUGAAAAACGAAACAUAGAACGUCAUUUUUAGAUUUGUGUACGUAAAAUAUGUACAUAAAUGAAGAAUAGGAGAAUACAGAUUUUCUAUUGUCAGCAUUUCUUCUGAUGUUCUCGUAAUUCUUAUGUGGCAUACAGUUAUUUGCAGCAUAUUAUGUUACUUGCCAUAGAUCCUAAAUGAUUUUCAUUCGAAUUGUCGUUAGUGUGAAUUAGAUAAUCAAUGCAAAAUAUGUUUUGUUUUUCUUUUUUUAAUAUGCAGAGAAACUUACUUAAAAACAUUCAUUUGUACAACACUCGCGCAUUAAAUCCACUAAUUCAAAUUUCUUUGUACUAAUGGUAUGAAUAAAUGAUUUCUGUUAUAUUAUCUGCAAGUGAUUGUUUGUAUCAAAUUUAAACAUUGGAAUCUACAGAAAUGGAAAAUCUGCAGUAUCAUAUAGAAACUUAUAGGUGAUAAAUGAUUAUUUUUAUAUUUCAUUUUUUUAAUACCAUUGCUACAUUGAAGUUUAGUAACUAUGGUUAUAUUAUAGUCCAGAGUUUUAUUACAGCAAAGGAUUCUUAUAUUUGUUAAAGAUAUUUACGUAUAAAUUAACCAUAUAAGUGAAAAAGUUAAAUUAGCAUUGCUCCAAAUUUUAAUACUUGUCUUUGUGAUAACUUCCUUCUGUUAUGUGAUAUAGUACGAUUUAGUUUUAAUUUUUAAGAUUUAGAUAAUACUCUUUAAACAUAUGUCAAUGUGAUGAAGAAUUUAUAGAAGGGACCUCUACUGUAAAUAAGCAAUGGACUGCAUUAUGACUAUUAAAAUCCAUUAAUAAUAGUUGUGACUUAGCUAUAAGUAAAAAUGUGACGAUCUCAUUGUGAUUUUAAUUCUGUGACUCGUAAAAUACGAAUAGAAUUGCUAUUGCUUUGUAUAAAAUGCUUAUCUGAUUGCUCUAUUUUCAUUGAAACAAGGCAUAAUACAUAUUAACAUAUUAAAGCAGUUUAAAAUUUUGCAUUCAUUAAGAUUGGAUAAAAUAUGUUCUUCCACAUAUUAAUAUCUUUACUUUUUUUAUUGUUUUAUUUUCGCUUAAUUAUUUUAUACACUGCCAAUUUAUUAAUAAUUAUUUUUGUUAUUACAAAAACAUCUUAUAAAAACACAGAAACCUAUUAAAUUUUGUUAAUUUAUAGUUGAUAUUUGUUGCUAGUAGAAUAUUCUGUUAUCUAUUUAGGUUCUGACACUUAAUUAUGUACCUAAUAUCUUAUAACGUCCAAUAAACUGCCAGUUAUGUAGUAAAAUGUAAAGUAUUCAUUAUUGAAGUAAUGAAACGUGUGCUUGAUUUGUGACAAUGUGUAUGCAAUGUAAAUAAAUUUGAUAUUAAAAUUA